AAUUAAUAUAAAUGGGUAAUAAGAGCGAUAAAGAAGCUGGCACACAAUCAAAGAAUGUUGAACAACCAAAAGAUAAAUAAUAACCCAACUUAUAAAGAACACAAUCCAAUAUUCCAUCUGAAAAAGGUCAGAAUAACCCAGCACCUGUAAAUUUUUUGAUUUAUAUAGUAAAUUUAAAAAGAAGAGAAUGAAUUUGACUCAUUAGAAUAAUCAGUGAAGUUUGCUUUCGAUGAAUUAAACAAAUGCAUUAAUUAAGUAAUAAUUUUAUCUAUAAUAAAAGAUCGAAAAAGAAAUAGAUUCUACGAUGAAUGAAUUGGGUUAAAAAAAGUCAUGAAAACC